GCUAGUAUAAAACCAUGUCCCUUGGCAUUGUUUCGGCACAGUUUGCAAACAGUCCUAGGUACGGAACAACCGUUCGAGGAGGUUUCAAAGCGCACUCAAUAGCGAUAGCAAGUGUUUUCGAAGCAACAAGAAGAUUUCAACAAAAAUGAAAGUUUUCAUCGUAGGAUCCGUUCUGCUGCUGGCUUCCGCCGCGUCUGCCUCCUACUGGCACUACGUCCCGGCCGAUACCCCCGAGGUCGCCGCCGCCAAGGCCGAACACUUCGCCGCCCACCAGAAGGCCCGCGGCCUAGUUGGUGCCGGCCCGAUCGACACCCCCGAAGUCCAGCACGCCAAGGCCCAGCACUUUGCCGCCCAUGCCGCUGCCCGCGCCGGACACCCAGUGGCCCCGGUUGCCGUUCCCGCUUGGCACGCCGCCCCAGCCUGGCAUGGAGCCGGCGCUUGGCACGGACCUCAGCACAUCCCAGUCAUCCACAACGGAGUCCCGGUCGAUACCCCCGAAGUGCAGCACGCCAGAGCUGCCCAUUUGGCUGCCCUGCACGGCAGCGGCGCCGGUGCUCACUGGGCUCCAGCUCACUACGAGGAUGACGGUUCCUACAAGCCCGAAUACGACAACUACCGAGCCUUCUCCGUAGGAGUGAGCACCGGCGUUAGCCAGAGCGUUCAGGUGGAAAGCCUUGGCAUGUUGGACUUCAGGGGUGUCGACAGGGACGCCCUUGACAAUUUUUGGGAUGUGGAUGGGUCCGUGCCAGGCACCGCCUUCAUGAUGGUGAUGGUGCUCGUCGUAGUGACCAUCAUCGAAGUGACCGUACCCUCCGACCUUGGCAUGAGCGGCAGCAUGGAAGGCUCUGGCGUGCUGAACUUCAGGGGUAUCUACUGGGACGCCCUUGACAAUCUUCGGGAUGUGGAUCGGUCCGUGCCACUUUUGGAUAUGAACGUCGUCGUGGUGAUCCCAGUGACCAGAUCCACCAAAACCGGCGGCAGCGUGGGCAGCAAAGUCCUAUCUGCAUAUGAGAGGCUGCUGGUGGCUUCGGUAUGCUCCGGUUCCUACAUUCCUCACGAUACUCCUGAAGUAGCCGCUGCCAAGGCUGCUCACUUUGCUGCCCACGCUGCCGCCGGUUUUGGUGGAGCUGGUCACUGGGAUCACCACGACGACGUUCAUAUCCAGAAGUGGCACGGACCGAUCCAUAUCCCAAAGAUUGUCAAGGGCGUCCCAGUAGAUACCCCUGAAGUUCAGCACGCCAAAGCCUUCCACGCUGCCGCUCAUGCCAAAGUCGGAGGAUACGCUCACUUUGAUGAUGGUCACUACGACGAGCACCAUCACCAUCUUGAAGGCGGUGCCUGGCACGGAGCCAUCCACAUCCCAAAGAUUGUCAAGGGAGUCCCUGUCGACACCCCUGAGGUCCAGCAUGCCAAGGCUUUCCACCUGAACGCUCUGGCCAACGCCGGUGCUCACUCCUACGGAGAAGGCUCCUGGGGCGAGCAAGGUUAUGGACAAGAAGAUGAUGGCUCCUACAAGCCCCAUUUGUACGAAGCUGAACAGUACUAAGCAAGCCAUGCCCAACGCCAAAUAAGAGUCCGUUUCACGAAUGCCAAACCUCAUAGGAACAAGCCCACUUGUAAAAUACUCAUCACCCCCCGUCCAUGCCUUAUGCCCUAGCGAAUAUUGUAAAGAAGAAGAGACAGCGCAUUUCACCAAAGCGUGUGCACGCGUCGCAACCUUCACACCGCAACUAUUGAGUGCCUCGUAGAAUUGUCACACAGGAAGAAUUCUCCUAUAAAAAAAAUCAGCAGCGAAGUAGUGUCUACCUACAUACCUCAGGUCUCGAAAACAACACCCAUCGAAGUAGGCUGCACCGCAUUCGCUGACUUGUGAGAGUAGCUUCAAACGAAUGCUUAAAGAAACGUCAGAUCCAUCAAAAGACAACUUAGAUCCAAGUCUGUCAAACAUAAGCUAUCAUCUCGAAGAGAUUCUAGAGUAAGAGUUGAUAAGAGUCAUGGAAACACAACUAGAAUUGAAUGCGUGCGCGGUCGUGUACUUGUUUUUGAAAUGCUACUGUGAAAAGAACUGAAUAAAAUGAGCAAAUGCAAAGCA